AUGACGAUCCGGCGUGCGACGAUCCGGCAUGGGGCAAGCCACACCGAGCAACCGAUUGACAGAGACUGUGUUCUGUUUUUCAGUGUCGACCCCUUCACCCGUAAGGACUGGUACGACAUCAAGGCCCCCGGCUUCUUCGAGGUUCGCAAUGUCGGCAAGACUCUUGUCAACCGUACCCAGGGUUUGAAGAACGCCAACGACGCUCUUAAGGGCCGUGUGUUGGAGCUCUCUCUUGCCGACCUGAACAACAACCCGGAGGACUCUUUCCGUAAGAUCAAGCUCCAGGUUCAGGAGAUCCAGGGAAAGAACUGCCUGACCAACUUCCACGGCAUGGACUUCACCUCCGACAAGCUUCGCUCCCUUGUGAAGAAGUGGCAGUCCCUGAUCGAGGCUUUCGUUGACGUCAAGACCACUGACGGUUACCUUCUCCGCCUCUUCACCAUCGCCUUCACCCAACGCCGCAAGAACCAGAUCCGCAAGACCACCUACGCCACCCACGCUCAGAUCCGUCUCAUCCGCAAGAAGAUGUUCGAGAUCAUGACCCGCGAGGCCGCAUCUUGCGAUUUGCGCGAGCUCGUCCAGAAGCUCGUCCCGGAAGUCAUUGGAAAGGAGAUUGAGAAGGCGUGCCAGGGUAUUUACCCUCUUCAGAACGUGUACGUCAGGAAGGUGAAGAUCCUGAAGGCGCCCAAGUUCGACCUUGGAAAGCUUUUGGAACUUCACGGCGAGGCCGUUGAGGACAAGGGAUCCAAGGUGGUUGGAAACACCAAGGAGGCUAAGGACAUCCCUGUGUUCGAGAGUGUAUAA